CAGGCAGGUAGUCUCGGGGUGUGUCCUGCAGGUCCUGCACGGUGGUAGCUCUCAGUCGACAUUUAAGAAGUUGUUGGAGGGAGACAGUAAAAGAGAAGAGAAGCUGAGAGCGUCGAAAGUUCACAGACAUGGAUUCUACUCGUUUAUUGCCGCUUCUGUUCAUUUUAUUCUGUGUUUCUGCCGUAAACAGUCAAGGUAAAGGACGCGGCUUCAUCGGGCAUAAGGACCCUGUAAACUCAGAUCUAGUCGUGGUGGAUCAGAAGACAGCUGACACCCUGAAGAGCAACCUCACCACCGUCUUCAUCCCCAUCAUGUACAUCAUCGUCUUCAUCAUUGGGCUUCCUGCUAACGGCAUGGCCAUCUGGGUGUUCCUCUUCAGGACGAAGAAGAAGCACCCUUCGUCCAUCUACAUGGCCAACCUGGCUCUCGCCGAUCUUCUGUUUGUGAUUUGGACGCCGCUGAAAAUCGCCUACCACUUCAACGGCAACAACUGGACGUACGGCGAGCCGCUGUGCAAAGUCCUGGUGAGCUUCUUCUACGGGAACAUGUACUGCUCCAUCCUCUUCAUCACCUGCCUCAGCGUGCAGAGGUACUGGGUCGUGGCUCAUCCACUGUCCCAGCAGAGGAAGAACAACAAGGUGGCUAUCGGCGUCUGCGUCUCCAUCUGGGCGUUCAUCUGGCUCACCACGACGCCGCUGUACCUGUACGACCACACGGUGAAGCUCAAGGACCCCAACGUGACCACCUGCCAUGAUGUCAACGUCAUAGAUGACCCUUUGAACCCAUUCCCCUCAGUCCAGCUUCCCUUUUACUACUUCAUCUUCAUGGGGAUGGUGGUGUUCCUCGUCCCGUGUGUGGUCAUCGUCAUGGCGUAUAUUCUGUUACUGAAAGCUUUAGGGCACAACUUGGACGACAGCGUGGCAGGGAAGAACCGCCAGAAAGCCGUGGUUCUCAUCGUGACUGUCCUGGUGACCUUCCUGGUGUGCUUCAUCCCCAGUAACAUCAUGCUGGUGGUGCAUUACUCUCUGCUCAAAGACGGGAUCGUGAAUAACGGAUACGCCUUCUACAUCUCCACUCUGUGCUUGGCGAGUCUCAACAGCUGCCUGGACCCGUUCAUCUACUACUUUGUGUCCGAGGACUUCAGGGACCACGUGAAGAACACUCUGCUGUGCCGCAGCAGCAGGACUGUGGAGAGGAUGAGGGUCUCCUUCAGCUCCAUGAAAUACUCCAGGAAGAGCAAGUCGUACGUGUCGAGCGGCGGGACCACGCAGAGCAGCAGCUGUUAGGCGGAUAAAAGGAGAGCAGAGACUCAAAUCAUGCCUGUGCUUGUACUCUCCAGUGCUGGAGACACAGCAACACACAGACCUUUAGUGGUACUGGGACACAAUGAUGAGGUGUGUCAUAAAGGACAUGAGGACAAUUAGGCACAACCAGGUAAAGUUUCUCAAAGCACUGAGAGUGUUUGUUUUGCAUCUUUUAGGCUCAGAUUUUAUUUGAAGUGUUGAGAAAAUUGCUGAAAGAAUCUUUUAGAAGUCAGAUGUUCUUGAAACCAUCACUUUUCCCAGUGCCACUAGACUUCAUUGACAAAAAGCCAUUUAAGCUUGUCAUAAAGGGACUGCAUUACUUCUGCCUUCAUCAGGAAAUUCUCAUGUAGAUGUUCCUUUUUAAGAGGAAUUGUGUGUACUAUUUAAAAUGUUAGCAGACAUCCCAACAGAGGCAACAGUGGAGGAGGAAUUUAUUUAUAUGUACUUUAAAUAUGAUAUUUUUAUCAAUGGAGUCUGGCGCCUUUAUCGGAAGUUAUAUCCAGGCUUGUUUAUGGCAACAACCUGACUAUCUGAUUGAAAGUCAGCAGUAAACACGGUCACUUUUUAAACCAUAACACCAGAGGUUUAAGUCUGAGGUUCUACUUCUCAUUUAGACCCCAAAUGCUCUUUGUUUUAAAAAUACCAGCCUGCCCUUUAAACUCGAAGACGUUUGUCCCGAGAUGAGAGCAUUCGUAUACGUUUCUAACUUUAUCAUGAACUGCUUUUUAACUGUGAAACUCAAAUGCAUGUUUUAACCUUUUAUGCCUUGUAAUGCAGAGGAAGCCUGUUAGAGACUGAACCCUCUUUUCUGCACAUUGUUUCUAUUUCUCUCUGUUUUUUGACUGACUUCCUCUCUGCACCGAAGACCAUUCAUCCGUUAUAAAAGAACCAAAUGACCCUGACGUGUCUGAAAGAGAGAGGUUUGAUAAAGGUGCCGUGUUGCUUUAAUCAAAUCAGAAACAUAAAUAUUCAUCCUGUGUUUUUUUAUAUACCUGCAGCCGUUCUUAUCAUUUUAAACCACUUGUGCUGUUUGAAGAUAUGAGUUUUAAUGUUACAUAUUUUGUUAAUAAAUGAUAAAACAUA